UGCCGAUGUGCUCUCCGUCGUAUAUAGAUUUACACGGACCAGAGCAGCAGAGCCACCCUACACUUUUUUUCGGGAAAAUCCUCCCUCUUUCUUGAAAUCCAAACACCGUCAAAAGCCAUUUUCCCCAAAACCCUAGAUGUCGACAUCGGGGCAGCCUCAGUUCCGCUACACCCAGACCCCCUCGAAGGUCCUCCACCUCCGCAAUCUCCCCUGGGAGUGCGCCGAGGAGGAGCUCAUCGAGCUCUGCAAGCCCUUCGGCAAGAUAGUCAACACCAAGAGCAACGUCGGCGCCAAUCGCAACCAGGCCUUCGUCGAAUUCGCAGAUUUAAAUCAGGCUAUAUCAAUGGUUUCAUAUUAUGCAUCAUCUUCAGAGCCUGCACAAGUUCGUGGCAAAACUGUGUAUAUUCAAUAUUCAAAUAGACAUGAAAUUGUGAACAACAAAAGUCCGGGAGAUGUUCCUGGAAAUGUCUUGCUUGUUACCAUUGAGGGCGUAGAAGCUGGUGAUGUUAGCAUUGAUGUGAUUCACUUGGUCUUUUCUGCUUUUGGCUUUGUGCAUAAAAUUGCUACCUUUGAAAAGGCUGCAGGUUUCCAGGCAUUAAUCCAGUUCAGCGAUGCUGAGACUGCAUCUGCAGCUAGGAAUGCCUUAAACGAAAGAAGCAUACCCAGGUAUUUGCUUCCAGAGCAUGUUAAUUCAUGUCACUUGCGUAUUUCAUAUUCGGCACACACUGAUCUGAACAUUAAGUUCCAGUCUCACAGAAGCAGGGACUAUACGAAUCCAUACUUACCCGUUAAUCCUACUGCAAUUGAUGGAAUUGCUCAGGUACCUUCUUGUUCUUAUGAUAUUGAUUGCUUUCGGCAGUGGUGCAUGACACAAACUACCUGUCAUUUCCAGCCUGCUUUAGGGCCUGAUGGAAAAAGGAAAGAACCUGAGAGUAAUGUUCUUCUUGCCUCGAUAGAGAAUAUGCAGUAUGCUGUCACUGUGGAUGUUCUUCACACGGUUUUCUCUGCAUUCGGUACCGUCCAGAAAAUUGCUAUAUUUGAGAAGAAUGGUCAAACCCAGGCACUUGUCCAAUAUCCUGAUAUUAGCACCGCAGCAGUUGCCAGGGAGGCUUUAGAGGGACAUUGCAUAUAUGAUGGUGGCUAUUGUAAGCUUCAUCUAUCAUACUCUCGUCAUACUGAUCUCAAUGUAAAGGCUUUCAGUGAUAAAAGUAGAGAUUAUACAAUCCCAGAUGCGAGUUUGCUUGCAGCACAACCAGUGACAGGUCUCCCUGGUGCUCCAGCAGCUUGGCAAAAUCCUCAGGCUGGUCCAAUCUAUCCUGGAAAUGAUUUUACUGCUGGAGUUGCUGCGCCACCUCACUAUCCUGGUGGACAGAUGGCUCCAUGGGAUCCCACCAUGCAGGCUGGCAGAACUUCAUAUGGCUCGGUUGCUAGCACUUAUCCUGGUCAACCUUUUGCAGCCUCGGUUCCUGCAUAUGCGACUGCAGUGGUGCCAGCAGGUUCCUCACCACUCACACCAACGAGCCAAAUUCCUACUACUGUCACUUCAAUGGGAUUUUCUCCGACGGUUCCAACGAAUGUGCGACCUGGUGAUGCUUCACCUCCUGGUCAGCAUACAUACUAUGGUUAAUAGGUUGUAUCUUUUCGUCUAUAUUAGCAAUUUUAGUCUCUCUUGUCCUGCUCUCUCAACGUCUCGUAAAAACAUUCUACAUAUUCGUUUUGCUUAUUCCCGAACUCAAUCGUGUUUAUUCUGCCCUGAAAGAAACUUGUAACUGUUUAAAUUUGUUCAA